AUGGCCCGUCCCGCGAAGAAGUCUGCUUCCCCCAAGAAGGCCGUCAAGCCCGUUAAGGCUGCCAAGUCGCCCAAGAAGGAAAGGAAGGUGAAGGCCAAGAAGGACCCGAACGCCCCCAAGCGCGGAAAGACCGCCUACAUGAUCUGGUUGGCCGAGAACCGUGCCCGUCUUACCAAGCCUGGCAUGCCCGUCACCGAGGUCUCCAAGGCCGCCGGAGUUGAAUGGGGAAACGUGAAGGACAAGAGCAAGUGGGAGAAGCUCGCCGCCACCGACAAGGCCCGCUACGAAAAGGAGAAGGCCGCCUACAAGGGUGGAUCCCCGAAGAAGGCCGCUCCCAAGAAGAAG